UGCGCAAACACAGCACCAGGAUGUAAAUGUAAAUGUGUCCCAGGGAAGAAAAACACAAAGCACAGGCCGCCUCUUAGCAUUUAUACAAAUAAAGGAAAAUAAAUCAGCUGGUUUCAGGUUUCACGAACACACCUGGAAGCUGCCCAUGGAGCAGUUGAGGGGUUAAGGGCUUGCUCAAGGGUACACAAGGAUGGUAACAAUGAUUUGAUCUACCUUGCUAAUCUUGGAAGUCAUUUGAUACAAAAGCGUCUGCCGUUGUUGUGAAUAUUUGCUUUUUUCCCUGAAAUGAGAGGGUGCUAGCAGGAUUGAAACAGUGGAGAUUGUACCCACAGGGGACCAAUACCGGGACUGAACGCUGAUCAACGUUCUUCUGUUUAAAGCCUGAUUUAAAGAAAAUAAAAUGAACAUCAUCCAGCUUUUUUUAAACCCUGAAUAACAUUUGUGUUCAGUCAUACUAGCAGUAUUUUUACUCCUAAAGCAAGCAUCUCAUCAAAAAGAUGUUCGUCCUAGUGAUCGGCAGAUCUAUUAAAACGUGCAGUAAUCAUUUAUCACAAGGGAAGAUUUGUUCUUAAAAUGCAAACAAAUGAGCAUAUCAUUCUUAAUCAUUCCUUAAUAAAGGAUUUUACACAAAGAAGAGCAGAUGGUCGGUCCGCUUUCAGCGAUGGAACGCAGUUAGAAGAUGCGCUAGUUGCCAGGUUUGUGAGCUGACCCCCUUUUUAGAAAAAAAUAAACUUGUCAUUUACAAGCAAUUUAAGGCGAGACAAAGGAAUCAACAUUUUUAAUAAAUAACACAUUUAUGACAUAGUGUAAAAAUAAUAAUGAAUAAAUAAUGCACUGUGGAUGGUCUAGACUGGUGUAGUCACAAAAGUUGAGGUGAUUAUUAGCCUACACCUUAAAAACAUUUAAUCAUUUUGGAUUACAAUUAAAAUCAAGUUUUACAUCUGAUUACAUAUCUGGUGCUUGUCUCACAAAGCGUUUCGUGUUUUAUUGUAUUAAGCAAAAAAUUUUUUGUCUUGAGUACAUUAAACAACUGCUGUAGAUAUAACAGGUGAAGUGUCGACAAUGUACAAAUAAACGUCAGUCGAACUAAAUGUAUCGACAGGUAUGACGUGAGGUGUCAUUCUCGUCUUAAGUGUCAGAUUAAACCUCUUUUAACUCGUGUCACAUUGUAAAUUCAAGAAUCAACGAUCGUUGCGGGGGAAAUUACAAGAUCUGGCAACCCGGAGACGCACUCUGUCAGUCGCCGGUCGACGCAGCGACAGUGAAGGCCGUCGCCUGUGUCUGACUGGCCUUUUUAUUAUAACGUGUGAUGCCACCUUCAGCCCCAUUAGUCUGCAUGGAGGCUUGAUGAUUUAUUUCACUUCUCCUGUUGCUCGUUUCUUUUCUGCUCGCCGUGUUGUUUCUUUUUCUUUCCUUUAAUGCGCCGUGAUGUCAGGUGUUCAAGGUAAAGAGCGCACCCGAUGACGCCUUUCUCCAUUUGCAUUAGGGACGUUUCUGUCUUUGUUUUCAUAUUGUUUUAUUGUAUAGUCCAGCAGACGGCUUUGGAGGGAGACGAAGCGGAGCGACAGCCCAGACUCACAAUGAGGGAAAAAAAAAUGUCCCUUCUGAGAAUCGUCCUUAUUAAUAGACAAUAAAUAAUCCUCGAGGGGGAUGUUAAUUGGUUAACGGGGUUAGAGCCGCGCACAGACUCGCUGGUUUUUGUGCUUGGUAGUCUGCGGCUCGUUAUCCAGACGGUUUUAUCAGGAGGUGGAGGAGGAGAUCUGUCUGGCAGAUAUAAAGAUGGUGUUUCGGAGUGAGGAGAUGUGCUUGGCGCAAUUGUUCCUGCAGUCCGGCUCUGAAUAUGACUGCAUCAGUGAGCUGGGGGAGCUGGGGCUGGUCGAGUUUCGAGAUCUCAACCCAAGUGUCAGCUCAUUCCAGCGGCGCUUCGUCAGCGAAAUCAAAAGAUGUGAGGAGAUGGAGAGGAUUCUGGGAUACCUGCUGAGGGAGAUUCAAAAGACUAAUAUAGCCGUUCCAGAGGAGGAGGAGAGCCUGCUUGCUCCUCCCCCCAGACAAGUCCUUGAGAUCAUGGAGCAGCUUCAGAGGCUGGAGAUGGAGCUCAGCGAGGUGGCCCGAAACAAAGAGAAGCUGCAGAGGAACCUCCUGGAGCUCACCGAGUACACACACAUGCUGAAGAUCACACGGACCUUCAUACACAGCCGCUCCAGACAUGAGGCUAUUGGUCCCCAGUAUGAAGAGUUCCCCACGAUGGAGACGGACUCGGUAACUGGAUGCACCGGUAUGCAAAGACUUGGAGCCAAGCUGGGGUUUGUUUCUGGUCUCAUCCAGCGGGUGAAGGUGGAGGCCUUUGAGCGCAUGUUGUGGAGAGUGUGUAAGGGUUACACCAUCCUCAGCUACGCAGAAUUAGACGAGAACCUCGCUGAUCUCGACACUGGUGAGAUCAGCAAAAAUGUUGUGUUUCUCAUUUCCUUCUGGGGAGACCAGAUCGGACAGAAAGUACAAAAAAUCUGUGAUUGUUACCACUGCCAUCUUUACCCGCACCCUGAGAACGAUGAGGAGCGGGCAGACGUGUUGGACAGCUUAAGGACUCGCAUCCAGGACCUAAACAACGUUCUGCACCGCACUGAGGACUACCUGAGGCAGGUCCUGCAGAAGGCCUCGGAGUCGGCCUAUUCCUGGGUUGUGCAGGUGAAGAAGAUGAAGGCGAUCUACCACAUCCUGAACCUCUGCAGCUUCGACGUCACCAACAAGUGUCUGAUUGCCGAGGUGUGGUGUCCCGUCAGUGACCUGGCAAACCUGCGGGGGGCGCUAGAAGAGGGCUCGAGAAAAGGUGAUGCCACCGUGCCGUCCUUUGUGAACCGCAUCCCGAGUACUGACACUCCACCCACCUUGUUGAGAACCAACAAGUUCACAUCUGGCUUUCAGAGCAUUGUGGAGGCGUACGGGGUGGGGGACUAUCGCGAGGUAAGCCCAGCUCCCUACACCAUCAUCACAUUCCCCUUUCUGUUUGCUGUGAUGUUUGGCGACCUCGGCCACGGGACGGUAAUGAGCCUCUUCGCCUUGUGGAUGGUGCUGACGGAAAAAAAGCAGAAGAAGAAAUCGUCCGGUAAUGAGAUAUGGGCGACGUUCUUCAACGGUCGCUACAUCAUCCUGAUGAUGGGGCUUUUUUCUAUCUACACCGGGCUGAUUUACAAUGACUGUUUCUCCAAGUCACUCAAUAUAUUUGGCUCUAGCUGGAGUGUCAAGGCAAUGUUCACCAAUCAGCAGUGGACAAAUAAAACCCUCCAAACAAAUGCUCUGCUCACGUUAGAUCCCAACAUCAGCGGUGUUUUCAGUGGACCGUACCCAUUUGGCAUCGAUCCUAUAUGGAACAUGGCGGUGAACCGGCUGUCCUUCCUCAACUCCUACAAGAUGAAGAUGUCAGUUAUUAUCGGGGUCAUCCAUAUGAGCUUUGGAGUGGUGCUGAGUGUCUUCAAUCACUUGCACUUCCGACAGAAAUUUAAUGUCUAUCUGCUAUUUCUUCCUGAGCUGCUCUUCCUACUCUGUCUCUUUGGCUACCUGGUCUUCAUGAUUCUCUACAAGUGGUUGGCGUUCAGUGCACGAGACUCCAGCGUGGCUCCCAGCAUCCUCAUCCACUUUAUUAACAUGUUCGUCAUGCAGGGGAAAGAUAUGACUCCUCUCUACCCAGGACAGACUGGGCUGCAAAUUUUCUUAAUUGUGGUAGCGAUGCUGUCAGUACCUGUGCUGCUGUUAGGAAAACCUCUUUACUUGUACUGGCUGUACCGGGGAGGCAAAGGCCUGCGCAGACGCAGAGGUUAUGAGAGAGUGAGGCGCGUGAGUGAGGAUGACAACUCCACAGCACCGUCCUAUGACGAUGACGAUGAUGAUGAAGAGGAAGGACUUGGUGAAAUGCCAAGCAGAGAAGCUCUUCCCAAAGAGUUUGACUUUGCGGAUGUGCUCCUGUACCAGGCCAUCCACACCAUAGAGUACUGCCUGGGCUGCAUCUCCAACACUGCGUCAUACCUGCGUCUCUGGGCUCUCAGCUUGGCUCACGCCCAGCUGUCAGAGGUGCUGUGGGGCAUGGUGAUGCGCCUGGGUCUGAGGUUCACCACCAGAGUGGGCGUGGUGUUUUUAGUCCCCGUGUUCGGCCUCUUCGCCGUGCUCACGGUGUCCAUCCUACUAGUCAUGGAAGGCUUAUCAGCGUUCCUCCACGCUCUCCGACUUCACUGGGUGGAGUUUCAGAACAAAUUCUACCACGGGACCGGUGUCAAGUUUGUGCCCUUCGACUUCUCCCUCCUGCCCUCCGUUUUUGAACAAGAUGGCUUGCUUUAAAAAAAAAUAUGAACUCUGAGGUAUUGCAUAUGAGUGGAAGCAGACUUUAGAAUUGGGAAGGGUGCUGGAAGCUGGAACAAUUCACACUGUGAUGACGACAACAAACAUUCAAGACAAUGGACUGAAAGUCACCUCUUGUAGCAACGUUUUUUCACCAUGACGAUUUUUUAAAAUGUUAGCGGCUGUGCUGACUGCCUUACUACUGUACCCAGCAAACCUCGGAAUUGACAGAGGUUCAAAAUUCCUCUUCCGUUCAUAAUUUCAUUUUGUAGGUGGGCUAUCACUAAAAACAACUUGCCACACCAGUCGGGUGAGUUUAAACAUUUAAUUUGCAUUGUUCUGUGUAAACUGGUUUUGUAUUAUUUCCAACAUGGUAUUUAAAAUAAACAGUUAUACAGUGCAAUGUAAAGCUCAGACAUUAUCAAAGACCACAUCAAGCAUCCUGAUGUAGUGCCAUAGAGAUUUCUGAUGAUGAUAUGGUCUUUUUAAAUUGCUCCUCAACAUGAUGAGAAAAAACCUGCAUCAGCAAAAUCUCAAGAAAAAAAUAAUACGUUUCAACCCUUUUUGUGAGGCAUAUAGUCACAAAGCACUUUGCAAAAUGAUUGUACUAUGAAAAGUUUUCACUCAUGACUGUGAUGAUGCCAAAUGAAAAUAAUCUUCAACUGUUAGCUGUCUGCUCAUUUAAUUAUUAAUGCAUUUAUUUAAGCUUAACCUCCCCUGUAAUCGUAGAAUCAGCUGUUCAGCACUCAAAUUGUAUAACUAAGAGGCAUUUUUUAUUAUUUCCCAUUAAUACUGGCAUUGGGCUUCUUGGAUGACUCCCUCUCCUGAACCAUCACAUCUGUCCGGUUUUUUUUGUUCGAUUAUUGGCUGUUUCAUUUGUUGUUUUUGUAGCAUUUUUUGGCACUUGCUGUACAGUAUGUUAAAGCAUUAAAGCAUUUAUGUUCAGUGCGAUUAUUACAAAAACUCCAUAAUCAUUAUUAUC